AUGACUGCCAAAGAAAAUCAAGAAACUCUACUAGAAAACAACACCGAACCAAAAGCAGAAGAGCUACUGCCUAAUAUUACUCCUUGUGUACAGGCAUCCUGCGUUCAGAUCUGCAUUGAUCCAUCAGAGUCACCUGAGCCAAUUCUAUCGUUCUUCCCAAGCCAUGCAAUCCCUAACCACGUUGACUUGUUAGCGUGUUGCCGCUGUGGUUUCUCCAUCACCAAUGCUAUCAUUGCCUUUUCUGAGGACGUCCCUGAUUAUGCGAUUGCCGUGAUGUUAGAAGUGCUGAGGAGAAUACCUGUUGGUAACCGGUAUAUUCGUGCAAGUUUGUUGCCUCAGAAGGGAGAUUAUCCUCUCGGUUGUAAGGAUGUAAUGAUAAUCAAUGUCGCCCUCAUCAAUGAGAAGGAGCUUGUGCAAUGUUUACUGCAAGGCAAUAUUGCUGGUGCAGGUUCGACUAAUGGUCAUGUGCCUGCUGUUACAUAUAUUUAUGACAUUUGUACUGUUUUUCGCAGCCUAAAUGGGUGUUGGUACGGAAGCUUUAGUGUAGAGAAACGUAGAUGUAAACGAGAUUAA